ACUAUGGUUAUCAAGGAUGUACGGAAAUAUGCUGAUGAAGGAGGCUACGUGUGUGUCGCUACCAACCCGCAAGGCCAGACCUCGAGGAGCAAAAUGAAUAUUCAGAUAAUGGAGGCACCAGAAAUUGAUCCAAUCAUAAUCAAACGUGACUUGCAACUGGGCAUGCGAAUGCGUCUUGUUUGUGUAGUAAGUAAAGGGGACUUCCCAAUACUGAUUCAAUGGCUAAAAGAUGGAAGUCCCAUACCAGAGGACCAAGAUGUUGCUGAGAAGAUCCUAGAUGAAUACUCAAGUACACUGAGUUUCAGUAGUCUGGCUGUAAAACAUAAUGGAAAUUACACCUGCCAAGCUUCAAAUGCUGCUGCAUCCAGGAACUACUCUGUGGAAAUAAUUGUAAAUGUGCCACCUACAUGGAGAGUGGAACCCCAAGAUAUGGAGGUAAUAGCUGGACAACAUGCCAUGCUAGCCUGUGCUGCAGAGGGGUCUCCAGCACCACAUAUUUACUGGAUGAAGGACACAGGUUCCCUGCCUCCUCAGUAUCAGGAACUGAAUAACACAAGGAUGAACUACAAGAUUCUUCACAAUGGAAGCCUUCUAAUCCAUAGUGUUCAACCAGAUGACAGAGGAUAUUACUUGUGCCAGGCAUCAAGUGGCAUUGACUCAGGUCUCAGUAAAGUGGCAUAUCUUUCUGUUCAUGUUCCUGCAAAAUUCUCCACACACUUUACAAAUAUUACAGUACCAAAAGGAAGCACUGCUUUUCUUAACUGCACCGUGGCUGCUGACAAACCAAUAUCCAUUACCUGGUACCAAAAUAAUCAUGAACUUAAAGCUAAAGAAAACCCAAAAAUAAAUAUUAAAGAAGAUAAUACAAGCAAAGGAAUAACAUCAACACUCAUAUUCAAACAUGUUCGCAGAGAAGAUACUUCAUCCUUUAUUUGUGUUGCUUCAAAUAAAUAUGGGAAGGAUCAAUUAGAAAUGAAGCUUAUUGUCCAGGAAACUCCAGAACCACCUGCUAAUGUUCAUGUAAAUAACUUCUCAAGCCGAUCAGUCUCCCUCAGUUGGGAGGAGCCAUAUAAUGGAAACAGCAUCAUUGGAGCUUACAUAGUGCAGUAUAAGAACACAACAGCAGUUGCUUGGCAUCAGAAUGUUGUCCAGGUUGUAGUUGGAGGAGAUCAGCUGAAUGUUACCAUCAAGGAUCUGAGACCUGCACAUGGUUAUCAGUUCCAAAUCAGAGCAGAAAAUUCUGUUGGUGUGUCCAAUGCAAGUGAAACAGUAACAGUGACUACAAUGGAAGAAAUACCAGAGGCACCACCAAGGGACAUCAAGGUUAAAGUGAAAGAUUCCAGAACACUUCUUGUGACCUGGAGGCCACCUGACAAAAACCUACAGAAUGGAGAUAUAUUGGGAUAUUACAUUGGGUAUAAGAUCAGUAACUCAUCAGAUCCGUUCCACUACAAAACUUUUGAAGUAAUUCCUGGAAUGGAACUACAAAAUACAUUCAAUGAAUUGGAGAAAUUUACAGAGUACAGCAUCUUAAUUCAAGCAUACAACAGAGCUGGUGCUGGCCCACGCAGUAAAGAAGUCACUGCUACAACAGAGGAAGAUGUGCCAGGAGCACCACCUACUGAUGUUAGGUGCACAGCAUUGUCUCCACAGAGAAUUUUAGUACUGUGGUCAAGUCCUCCAGAAUUUGCUAUUAACGGAAUACUGAAGGGUUACAAAGUACUCUACCGCUCACUGGCAGUCUGGGAUGAUUUCUCACAUCCCAUGGAGGAAGUAACCAGAGACAAUAAAUUGGAGUUAACUAAUCUUGGUCAGUUUUGUAACUACAGUAUAGAAGUGUGUGCAUUUACCAACAAAGGUGAUGGUGUUAAAAGCCAACCAAUAUUUUGUAGGACAUUGGAGGAUGUACCCAGUGAACCUGCAGAUAUAAAGGCUCUUAUAAUGGAUUCAAGAACAGUUUUAGUCUCUUGGAGACCUCCACAAUACCCAAAUGGCAGAAUACAGAAGUACAAAGUAUAUGUGAGAUCACUGGAUGGAAUAGGUUUGGACAAGGACAACUUUGAAAUACCUGCAGAACAGACAUUUUACACUAUCUCUCAUUUGGAGCGGCACCAUCGUUAUGAAUUCUGGGUGUCAGCAUUUACAGCAGUAGGAGAAGGUGCUGGAUCCAGACAUAUUGUGCAGGCUCCAGCAAGUCAGGUACCUGCACGAAUAGCAUCUUUCACACAACAGGUGAUAGCUGUACUUCAUGGAGACUUGCACCUCUCUUGCCACUCUGUUGGAGAACCUGCACCACUUCGUCUCUGGAGAAAGAAUGAAAAACCAGUACAAGGCAGCAGUGUGAAAAUUAAUGAUGAAUGGCAGCUUUACAUCAGUCCAGUUACAGCUUUACAUGCUGGGAAUUACACAUGCUCUGUGGAAAACAUAUUUGGGAAAGAUGAGAUUACAUAUUAUGUGACAGUUCAAGGAAACAGAAAUAAAGGAAUUCCUCUGACACCAAGUGAUCUACAAGUUACUUCCGCAAGCAUUUCAAGCAUUCUGCUUCAGUGGAACAUCUCUUUGGCAAUUAAUAACGUUAUUCAAGGGUUUUAUUUGCAUCUCAAAAGGGAAUUUGGAGAAUGGGAAAAAAUAGUAUUAACAGCAGAUGAUAUGAGUUAUUUAUUGAGUAAUCUUCAAUGUGGGACCAGAUACUAUUUGUAUUUGCAAACCUUCAACCAGCUGGGGCAAAGUUCACCUACAUCCACAAUCGUGACACGCACUCAAGGCUCAGCUCCAGUGGCUCCAAGCAGUGCAGAUUUGAUAAAAGUAAACUCUACCUCAAUAUCUUUGAACUUGAGUUCUUGGAGUGAUGGUGGAUGUCCAAUAACAUCACUUGUUGUGGAGUAUAAACAAAAGAAAGCAAUAGCAUGGACACUUGUUUCAAAUAAUAUCAAAGUAGGUAAACCAGAAUUCUUGGUGCUGGACCUGGAUCCAGAAACCUGGUAUACAUUACGCAUUACAGCUCAUAAUAGUGCUGGAUCAACUGCAAAGGAAUACAACUUUGUAACACUUACAUAUGGAGGAGUAAAAGAAGACAAACUGGCGCCAGUAGCAUCAAAAAUUGAACAAAAAGCCACAAUUUCACCUGAUGCUGCAGAGCGUUCAAUAUCUGGGGGCAAAAUGUUCUAUAGUGAUCUUGGAAUUAUAGGACCAACAGCAUCAGCUGUUAUAGUUCUUCUAGCAGCUGCCACUGGCCUUUUAUUGUACCUCAGAAAAAAUCAAGAGAUGUUGUCAUCAAAACCAUUUGGAGAUAAGCCAUUGGAGAAGGACUUAAUGUCAGGAGCAGAUAAGAAGACUGUUGCACCCAUUUAUGACAGUGAUGAUGGUCUGAUGGCACUAAGUCCAACACCACAGGAGUCUGUGUACCUACCUACACCAGUGAGAGUUUCACCUGCCCACAGGAAAGGCAUAAGCCCCUACGCAACAUUUCGAGUUCCUUUAGAAGUAUCAAUGAAAAAUGCUGAAAAUAUUGAGUCAUGUGUGUCAUCUGGACUUGUUCAGUACCCUGAGAACAUAAAGAUCUCAGAAAUGCCUGACAGCUGCACAGAAUCAACAUAUUCAAAAAUCCAGGGGAAUUCACAGAAUAGUAAUGAAGGAACUGAAUGGAUUCCACUUCAUAACUUGUAUCAGGCUCAUAGAUACUAAUGACUUACCAGUAUCAGAAAGCAUUACAUGUUAUUGCCACUAAAGGCACUUGCUACAUAAUUUAAUAAGUGCCUUUCGAUAAAUAAUAUUUUUAAUGAGUUGAGUGUUGUAAUUAACGUACUGUAUGAAACUGUUUCUCCAUC